GCAGGGAGGUGGGCCGGCGGCGGAGGGAGGGCCCGGUCCCCAGUCCCUUUAAGGAGGAGGGCCGAGCGCGGCGGCCAAGAGAGCGGCAUAGCCCCCACCCGCCCGCGCCCUCACCCCAGAGCAGCCGCAGCCCUAGCCGUGGCCGCCCUCACCCCAGAGCAGCCGCAGCCCUAGCCGUGGCCGCCCGCCGCCAGCAGUGUCCGCUUCGGCCCCCGGCAGCGAGUCGCCAGCAUGGUGAAGAUCGUGACUGUUAAGACCCAGGCGUACCCGGACCAGAAGCCGGGCACGAGCGGGCUGCGGAAGCGCGUGAAGGUGUUCCAGAGCAGCGCCAACUACGCGGAGAAUUUCAUCCAGAGUAUCAUCUCCACGGUGGAGCCGGCGCUGCGGCAGGAGGCCACCCUGGUGGUGGGCGGGGACGGCAGGUUCUACAUGAAGGAGGCCAUCCAGCUCAUCGCCCGCAUCGCCGCCGCCAACGGGAUUGGUCGCUUAGUCAUUGGACAGAAUGGAAUCCUCUCCACCCCGGCUGUGUCCUGCAUCAUCAGAAAAAUCAAAGCCAUUGGUGGGAUCAUUCUGACGGCCAGCCACAACCCAGGAGGGCCCAAUGGAGAUUUUGGAAUCAAAUUCAAUAUUUCUAAUGGAGGUCCUGCUCCAGAAGCAAUAACUGAUAAAAUUUUCCAAAUCAGCAAGACAAUUGAAGAAUAUGCAAUUUGCCCUGACCUGAAAGUAGACCUUGGUGUUCUGGGGAAGCAGCAGUUUGACCUGGAAAACAAGUUCAAACCCUUCACAGUGGAAAUUGUGGAUUCGGUGGAAGCUUAUGCUGCGAUGCUGAGGAACAUCUUUGAUUUCAAGGCACUGAAAGAACUACUUUCUGGUCCAAACCGGCUAAAGAUCCGUAUAGAUGCCAUGCAUGGAGUUGUGGGACCAUAUGUAAAGAAGAUCCUCUGUGAAGAGCUCGGCGCCCCUGCAAACUCAGCAGUUAACUGCGUUCCUCUGGAGGACUUUGGAGGCCACCACCCUGACCCCAACCUCACCUACGCAGCCGACCUGGUGGAGACCAUGAAGUCAGGAGAGCAUGAUUUUGGGGCUGCCUUUGAUGGAGAUGGGGAUCGAAACAUGAUUCUGGGCAAGCAUGGGUUCUUUGUGAACCCUUCAGACUCUGUGGCUGUCAUUGCUGCCAACAUCUUCAGCAUUCCGUAUUUCCAGCAAACCGGGGUCCGCGGCUUUGCACGCAGCAUGCCCACGAGUGGUGCCCUGGACCGGGUGGCUAAUGCUACAAAGAUCGCUUUGUAUGAGACCCCAACUGGCUGGAAGUUUUUUGGGAAUUUGAUGGAUGCGAGUAAACUGUCCCUUUGUGGGGAGGAGAGCUUCGGGACUGGUUCUGACCACAUCCGUGAGAAGGAUGGACUGUGGGCCGUCCUCGCCUGGCUCUCCAUCCUGGCCACCCGCAAGCAGAGUGUGGAGGACAUCCUCAAAGAUCACUGGCAAAAGUAUGGCCGGAAUUUCUUCACCAGGUAUGAUUACGAGGAGGUGGACGCCGAGAGUGCAAACAAAAUGAUGAAGGAUUUGGAGGCUCUGAUGUUUGAUCGCUCCUUUGUGGGGAAACAGUUCUCAGUGAGUGACAAAGUGUACACUGUGGAGAAGGCUGAUAACUUUGAGUACAGUGAUCCGGUGGAUGGAAGCAUUUCAAGAAAUCAGGGCUUGCGGCUCAUUUUUGCAGAUGGUUCUCGCAUCAUUUUCCGACUGAGUGGCACCGGGAGUGCAGGGGCCACCAUUCGACUGUACAUCGAUAGCUAUGAGAAGGACAUUGCCAAGGUCAACCAGGACCCCCAGGUCAUGCUGGCCCCUCUUAUUUCCAUUGCUCUGAAAGUCUCCCAGCUCCAGGAAAGGACGGGCCGCACUGCACCCACCGUCAUCACCUAGGAAGACAGGCCAGAUGCAGUACGUCUCUCCGCCCCAGGACCCAUCCAAGUCAUCCGACUGAAGAGCGUGGACAGAAACACAGUGUUGUGUGCCAGGCUUUUUAGGAUUUGAUUUUUCCACUAACCCGUUGCUGACAAAUGGUGCAUUUGUAAGACACUGCUAAUUGAGAUGCCCUUGGAAAAGACAGGAAGAGGACCGGGGGCUUACGCUAAUGUCAGUUCCUUUUCAUGCCCUUCUGCACUGCUGCUGUGUGGGUGUUUGUCUCCUUAGUGUCGGGCACUGUUUACACUACAAUGCAAGGCAGGCGGGCGAGGCCGUUUUUCAUCCUUAGGAUGUGCCAGUGAAAUGACAGCGCAGAUUCCUUUCUUCUUGGCAAAUCUCCACCCCCCCAUCUACUGUUUACAUGUAACCCAACAAAAUGCAAUUUCUGGUGCCUUCUGUCCAAUUAGUUCUUUCCUUAGAGUGAGACGUACUUGUCUACAGAUUUCUGCCUUGUUUGGCAACAUGGGUCCCGUUCAUACAGAUAUUUUGGGAUAUUAAAGCAAAAUAAGCUAC